AUGAACUCAAAUCGGCAAUCAAACGAUGAUGGAUUAUUCGUGAGUAAAAUUAUCGAUUUUCGACCAAAAGGUCAGAUAUCUCACUUGUGUUCAAGCGGAGCUGAGAUUUUACUUGUUUGUAAUUCUCAGCAAUUGUUGCACAUUUCGUUACAUAAUCUUAGCGAAAAUAUUGAUAUUCCGAUACCUCUCUCAACUCAUGAUCGAAUAGCUCACGUACAUUUAAGCACCAGUGGCAGACAUGCUAUCGUUACCUCUACUGGAAGUGAAAGUUUUUAUGUGAAUCUUUCAUCUAAUCAGUGGAAGCCGUUGAAAAGAUUAAAAGGCCAUGUGAUUAGCGCUGUUGGUUGGAAUCUUGAAGCUCCAGAUGAAUAUGAUACAGGGUUCAUUGUCGCUGGGACAACAAAAGGAGCUGUUAUUGAACUGCUGAUUCAAUCUAAUGGAAAUCUAGUGUAUGCUAAAGAAAUAACUCAGAACUUAACUAAUGAAAAGGAUCUUCCUAUUACAAAUAUUGAACUUCAUAACUGUGAAGAAGAUGGUGAUAAACAAAAGUGGGCAAUUCUUAUAUGCAGUCCAGGACGUCUUUAUUGCUUAGCCGAUCAUAUAAAAAUAAAAUCAGAUCAAAUGCCGUUAGUGCAACCUGUUGUUGGUUCUAUAUGGAGCUCAGCUUUUGUAGAACAUUCAACCGCCAUUCUGCAACCGCUUUUCACUUCAAAAGGUGCAUUGCGUUAUCAUUUUAUGGACGAUUCACAACGAACAUUGCCAAGCACAUUCAUCACUUAUCCAGUUUCAACUAGCCAACCGCCAUCAAAAUUUUGUUGGGUUGGAGCUAGCGGAUAUACGCUUGGGUCUUUAGAUUUUACUCAGUCCGAUUCGUAUAAUAUGUUAAUAGAGGAUGUACACAUAAAACAUAAAUUGGUCAAUGGAAGAUAUGACUUUCCUCUUGAUGUGGCCCUUACCGAAUAUCACGCUCUUUUCUUGUAUAGUAAUCGCUUAGAAGCUAUUUCAAUAUUAAAUCAGCAGUGCACAUUCGAAGAUUUUAUGACGAAUUCUGGGCAACUUAAAGGAAUGUGUCAAAAUCAAACUGCAAACAUAAUUUGGGUAUUCACUGAGUCAUCAAUUUGGAAGUAUAAACCAAAUGAAGAAUCAAGAAAUGUAUGGCGAAUAUAUUUGGAUCGAGGUGAAUAUGGUAAAGCAAGGGCAAUUACGAGUAAGUUAAAAAACCGUUCACCAUACCAACUUGUGAUCAAGAAAGAAGCGGAAAAAUUCAUAAUGGAGAAAAAUUACACUGCAGCUGCUGAAGUGCUAGCUGAAUCGAAUGAACCAUUUGAAGUAAUAGUUUUAAAAUUCCUUUCUAUAACCGAUGAUAGAAGAAAUGGUUUAAAGCGUUUUUUGGACUUAAAGUUAAACUCUAUGAAUACAAGAGAGGGAAAAGCUCGACGUGAUGCAACUGUUUUAUGGCUGCUUGAAGUUCAAUUGUCUGAAUUAGCUGAGUUAAAAAGGAUGGAAAAACCUCCUUCGUUAAAUUCAAAAGCAGAAACGAUUGGAAAUCUUUCUUCGUCUGAAGUUCAUCUUCGCAAUGUCCGGCAGCAGCUCGAACUCUUUUUGGCAAGGCCUAUUGUUCUGGAUGCUGUCGAAUCUCAUCUCGAAGCUGUAUAUAGGUUGAUGAUUUCUCAUGCAGAUUUUGACAGCCAAUUAUUUUUAGCUCAAAAAUUGAAAGAUUAUGACAAAGUUAUCGACGUUCAUUUAAUGCAUAUGGACUAUGAAAAGGCUUUGGCAGUUUUAACUAGUCAGCAUUCACCUCCAUUUUAUUAUAAAUAUUCGCCAUCUUUGAUCGAGCAUGUGCCUUUUGAAUUGAUUGUUGCGUGGAUUAAUGAAAGAAAGAAUCUGGUGCCUGAUUUGUUAUUGCCGGCGUUAUAUCGAUGUCAGACUAAUCCAAAAAUGGUAGCUGCUGCUUUUAAAUACAUUAACUUCGCAAUCGAUUCAAAUAUGGCUACCACAUCUUUGCAUAAUUUUAUGAUAUCGCUUUUUGCAAAGCAUAAGCCGAAUGCUUUGUUACCAUACUUCGAAAAAUUUGGCCUGGAUAAAAAUAAUGUACCAUAUAAUGUCGAAUUCGCGCUUCGAGUGUGUUUGGAAAAACCUGAAUUGCGGAAUUGUUGCGUUCAUUUAUAUUGUGUUGAUGAAUUGUAUGAAGAAGCCGUAUCUCUUGCACUUACGUUUGAUUUGGAUUUAGCGAAAAAAUGUGCUAAACGAAUGGUCAAUGAUAUGAGUAGUGAGAACGAAGUUGAUGUUUUCUUUCUUAAUUCAUCUAAAGGGAAAUACACAAUGGAAAUGAGGCGGAAAGUUUGGCUAGAAAUAGCGAAAUAUGUGGUUGAAAAACAACAGGACGUUGUUGAAUGUAUGAAUUUGCUGAAAGAAUCGAACAAUAUUAUCAAAAUACAAGAUGUAUUACCUUUUUUCCCUGAAUUUGCGACUAUUGAAUUAUUUAAAGAACCUUUGUGUGCUUGUUUAAAGGAACAUUCGGGCAAAAUUAAGGAACUUCAAAGAGAAAUGAAAGAGGCCACUGAUAUUGCUCAGAAGAUUCGUUCAGAUAUGAAAAAAUUGAAAACAAAAUUUACUGUGAUCCGUGCAAAUGAUCAAUGUCAUUUAUGUGGUGAAGUAGCGCUUUCAAGACCGCUUUUUGUAUUUGCCUGCCGACAUUUCUUUCAUCGUGACUGUUUAGAAAAAGAAGUCAAAUCAUCUUGGACUAAUGCACAAAUUUUGGAAUUUUCUCAAUUGCUCGAGCGUGAAAAAAUUUUAGUGCGACUAGUGGAAAAUUUGGAAAAGAAUACGAAUGAAGUCAAAAAAAAGAAAGAUGAACUGAAUGAGCUGUCUGCUGUUCGAUCGAUGAUAACCGAUGCAAUUGCUGAGCAGUGCAUAUUGUGUGGGCCAGUAAUGAUUGAGUUAGUUGAAUUCUACUGUUUUUGA